AUGCUCAGUGUGCGCUGCCUACCCUUCACCGAACCCACAACGAACCCCUCAGCGAAAAUGCACUUUUUCAAGUUCGCGGUCGUGUUGUCGAUUCUCGCGAUUACCCCUAAUUCCAAUGGUGUCCCGCAAGGAACCGUACCACCGGAGUUCCAAUGCAGCAGAACGUGUUACCUUUGCCCGUUUGAAUGCAAUUCCCUGUCCUAUCUGGUCGAGACUGCCCCGAACUGCUGGAGAUGCUGCUUGAAGCCUGCCGAACCCACAAUGACCACGACGAUCACGACGACCACAACAUGCACUAUGUAUGGUUAUACGCAGACUAUUGUGUACCCGACAGCGUCUUAA